UAAAGGGAAGGCGGGCGGCGCGCUCGCUCCGAGCUACGUCCCGCGCCUUCCAUCCGCGUCGAUCGCUGGCUUCGGUAGCUCGUCAGGCCCCCAGCAGCCAGAAUGGUGCAGCAGAUCGAAACCAAAGAGGCCUUUCAGCAAGCCCUGGCUGCUGCAGGAGAUAAACUGGUAGUAGUUGAUUUCUCAGCCACGUGGUGUGGGCCUUGCAAAAUGAUCAAGCCUUUCUUUCAUUCCCUGUCUGAAAAAUAUUCCAACGUGUUGUUCCUUGAAGUAGAUGUGGAUGACUGUCAGGAUGUUGCUGCUGAGUGUGAAGUCAAAUGCAUGCCGACCUUCCAGUUCUUUAAAAAGGGUGAGAAGGUGAGUGAGUUCUCUGGCGCUAAUAAGGAAAAGCUUGAAGCCACCAUUAAUGAAUUAAUCUAAUUGUGUUUUCUGAAGAAUGUAACCUGCUAUCGGCUGUUUAAAACUUAAUUUUUUUUAUUUACAAAAAAAAUAUGAAGUAUGGAAACUAUAUACCCAACUGCCAUCUGAUUAUAAAUGACAAUAAAAUAUUAAUUCUACCCUUUUUAAAA